GUAUGGUUUCACAGAUCCACCGGGAGAACGACGCAGCGCGGCGAGACCAAGAGGAGCGGGCGCACAAGAUGGCGGCGCUAAAAAAGCAGGUAGAGGAAGAGCGGAAAGCCUUCAAGCAGAAGGUCCAAGAGCUCCAGGAGAAGUACAAGCAGAAGGAGCGGGAGGAGCUCACUCAACGAGUUCAGAUGGUCAAGGACUCGGAUAAGAAGGAGGAUGGCGAUGGCAAGGGGAGCAAGACCAAAAGUCUCAAGGCCGAUGAGGAGGAGCACUUCAACUCCACGUUGGUCAUGCGGCGAAUUCUCAAGCUUGCUUUCUUGAACGCCAUCCAGAGAAGGCAUAUCCGCCAGCACCAGAAGAAUAUCGAAGUCUUCGAGCAGGCCUUUGCCACCAUCAAGUCCACCACCGGGAUCUCCGACAUUGAGGAGAUCGUCAAGAUCUUCGUGGCGCUGGAGCAGCGAAACUUCAGUUUGCUGACAUACGUGAACGCCCUCAACCGAGAGAUCGAGUCCCUGGAUAAACAGAACCGCCAGCUGAAGGACCAGCUGGCCAACCAGCAAGAGAUCGAAGCUGAGAGUGACAAGAAGCGGGUGUUGGCGCUGACGGAUCUCAAUGCUCAGAUAGAGAGCACAGGUGCCGCCACGGAGGAUAACAAGCUUCAG